GUGGUGAGGGGAGCUACACACACACACUCACAUGGCGGGACUACUCCUCACUCCUCCACCCACCAAACUCCUCUCCUUCUCUCGCCGACUCUCCCCUUCUCCCUCCAACCACCCCGCUUUCCGUUUCAAACUCCGGUCUCCCACCUCCGUCCGGGCCUCCGAUCAGAUAGAUGGUGAUGGAUUCAAACCAGAUAAAGUGUUGAGUUGGGCUAAACCCUUGCCCGGUUUCGUGGCCAAUAAUUUUCUCCCCAUAGCUCUUGUGGGCGGCGUGGCGUUAGGUUUCGCCAAUCCAACCCUGGGCUGCCUUGCUGAUUCAUAUUCUCUGUCGAAAUUUAGCACAUUUGGGAUUUUCAUCAUCUCAGGGUUGACCUUGCACACGGGCGAAAUCAUUGCUGCCGCAGAUGCGUGGCCCGUUGGAUUCUUUGGACUAGCAUCCAUUUUGUUAUUUACUCCAUAUUUUUCGAGGCUAGUACUGCAACUGCCGCUCCAACCUCAAGAGUUUGUUAGAGGGAUUGCAAUAUUUUGCUGUAUGCCAACCACGUUAUCAAGUGGUGUGGCACUUACUCAGCUAGCUGGGGCCAAUUCUGCUCUUGCUCUUGCAAUGACUGUCAUCUCUAAUCUAUUGGGAAUUCUGAUUGUCCCAUUUUCUAUAUCAAAAUUCAUUGCUGAUGGUGUUGGUGUGUCUGUUCCAACUAAGCAGCUGUUCAAAAGUCUUGUUCUCACAUUGUUGAUCCCCCUAAUCAUGGGAAAGAUUUUUCGAGAAUCUUUCAAAGGUGUUGCAGACUUUGUUGAUCAGAACCGUAAAAAUCUCUCCAAGAUCAGUGCAAUUCUCCUCAGUUUAGUGCCAUGGAUGCAAGUUAGCAGGUCAAGGUCACUGUUGCUGAUGGUUAAGCCUACGGUUUUUCUUGGGGCAAUUGGAAUGGGAGUGCUUCUGCAUCUCAUUUUGUUAGCCUUUAAUGCUGUUGCUGUUAAGAACCUCGCAGCUGUGUCUGGUGGUAAUCAAUCAGUGUUUUCCAUGAAAGAAAAUGCAGAUGCUGUUCUCCUUGUUGCAAGCCAGAAAACUCUACCUGUAAUGGUGGCUGUAGUGGAGCAACUAGGUGGUGCACUUGGUGAGUCUGGUUUACUUGUUCUUCCUUGUGUUGCAGCUCAUUUAAAUCAGAUUAUUCUGGACUCUAUUCUUGUUAAUUACUGGCUUCGCAAAGAUCUCCCAACCGGUGAUGCCAAGGUAGCAUGAUUAUUGGGAUUGCCCUUUCUGGUUGCAAGUACAUAAUUAGCGUAUUAGUUGUUAGAAAUAGUUGAGUUUGAUAUAUUGUAUUCAUGGUUUCUUGCUUGGAUUGUAUCCAAAAGAAAGCAGAUCUUGUGUUUUGAAUCUCAAAUGGCCGCCAAGUAUAAACACGUUAUGCAUUGUGCCGCACCUCUGGGGGUAUUGGAACUAUGUUUGGAACAUUAACCUUUCUUUGCCUUUUAUCUCUAUCUAGAAAAUGAGAUUUGAGCUGA